ACACAGCUAUCUAGCCUCGUGACGUAAUUGAGAGAGGAAGUGGAGAGGAAGGGAGGAGUUUGCUGCCAUUAUCUUCACUUCUACAUCCGCGUCUACACUACUCAGGGGCGGAGAGAGAGUGUGAGGGGGACUACAGAUUAAUUAACUAGAGAUCUACGAAUUAAACAAGGAAAAAUGACUAUGCCCCUGUGCACCAUCAAUCCGGACCUGAAGGAAUCAAUGAGGAAGUUUAGAUUCCGCCGAGCCACCACCAACGCCGCCAUCAUCAUGAAGGUGGACCAGAUAACAUCCGAAAUUAUCCUGGAGGAGGAGGUGGAGGGGCUGGAGGAUGCAGAGGCCCUUCGGUCAUCCAUUCCUGACACCCAGCCUCGGUACGUUCUUAUCUCUUGGAAGAUUGAACACUCGGACGGUCGUGUCUCCUUCCCUAUGGCGUUUAUCUUCACUACACCCAGAGAUUGCCAGCCACAGCUCCAAAUGAUGUAUGCUGGUAGUUACAAUUACGUAGUUAAGGAGUGUGAACUGACCAAGGUGUUUCAAAUAAGAGACCUGGAGGAGCUGGAUGAAGAGUGGAUACAGACAAAUCUCAAUAAAUAAAGGGAGAGAGAGAGAGAGAGAGAGAGAGAGAGAGAGAGAGAGAGAGAGAGAGAGAGAGAGAGAGAGAGAGAGAGAGAGAGAGAGAGAGAGAGAGAGAGAGAGAGAGAGAGAGAGAGAGAGAGAGAGAGAGAGAGAGA